GCCGCGCGGAGAUACUUUCCACAGGAGUCCUCCAUCGCCGACCGAAUCGAGUUCAAUAAAAAAAAAAGAACAAAAACCUCACAAACACAGGGAGAAUAUUAACUCAAAUAAAGAAAAUCGCAAUUCGUUAGUGCGUUAGUAAAGUUCGUUAACUUUAAGCCAAAAUAUAGCUAUACGUCAACACUCCUGCCGAAAGGUCAAUUAACCCAAGCGUGCAGUAAAUAUUAACCCAAAAGUCCAAGCGAAACCAAGCUGCCGAGUGAAAAGAAAAGGGCAGAAGUUCCGAAAGUACUCUUGAACCCUGCUAAACAACAACGAAACAAGUUUAAAUUGCACUGGACUGGGAACUUCCGUUUCCGUUGAGUGCUUCAAUUUCAAUUUCAGUUUAAAGUUAACUCCGACCAAACCCAAAUUGACAAGAACAACCGAGCCAAAAAUAAAGUGAACAUAAACCAAGAAACCUAAAGAAAAAAGUUUUUUGGGGCGUUCUUUCCGACUCCAAACACUCGAUACAAAGGGACACUUGGAGAUAGGACGGGGAGAUAAACUGCAUAAAUCAACGCCACUGCAAAAGCCAAUAGCAACAAUAACUGGAAACAAUUAAUUUUAUUCAAAUAAGAGCAACAAUACGGACGACGACAAAAACAUGGAUUACGGCUGGCUGAUGUUUCUGUUCAUCGCACUUUUAAUUGACUUUCCAAUCGCAUGUGCUCUGUUUGUGACGGAUAUCAGUGUGCCCGAGAUCGUAGAUUUUCGGGACAAUGUGACCUUGUCUUGCAGCUACGAUAUGCGAGGUCACACUCUAAACUCGGUCAAAUGGUACAAAGACCACGAGGAGUUUUUCAGAUAUUCCCCUUUGACGAGUCCGAUUUACAUGACUUUCGAAGUGCCAGGUUUACAAGUGCUGGAAGGGAAAUACGUGUGCAACGAAUCGAGUUGCCGACUGGAUUUGAGUUUACAAGGUGCCAAGUCAACCGGACUCUAUAAGUGCGAAGUUAGCGGCGAUGCGCCCCACUUUAAGCUCGCGGAUAAGGCGGACAACAUGACUGUUGCAGCACUGCCUCAAAACGACCCGCUUAUCGAAAGCUUCAACUCCAUGUAUCGCAUGGAGGAAUACCUCAAAGCCACUUGCAUAUCGGACUUUUCCAGUCUGCCCACACGACUCACCUGGUACAUAAAUGGCGAGCAGCCGCUGUUAGGAGAACUGUAUCCCACAACGGACACAAGUUUAGCAGCCCAUGAUUAUGUACUGAGGCGACAACGGCUUCAGGUGCAAUUCUUUUUGCAGGGGCAGCGCUUUUUCCAGGCCGGAAAAAUCCUAGAGCUCAAAUGCGUGGCGGAAAUUGAAAAUUAUCCGGAGUUGAGGCGCGAGAAGACUCUCAGUGCGUCACUAUCGCAGUACGACAAUUUCAACAAUCAAAUGCCGCUGAGGCAUGCGAAUGCAAACUCUGGCUCGGCACAAAGGAGCAUCCUGUGUGGCAGGACGUCACUAAUUUCCGCAUUUCUGGCGGCAAUUCUACUAAUUCACUGUUUGCGACGCCCUUCAUGAACACUCUCAUUCAUAAGAGAAUCGAAAUUGGCGGAAGAACUCAACUCUCCGGACUCGGAUUCGAAAUCGCCUCGUAUGGCAACUUUGUCAACUAUAUCAUCACGUUAGUUAGUCUGUCAGUUAGUCACCUAGUUAGUUAGUUAGGGUAACACACAAAGGUAAGACCGCGAAUUAGUAAAUAGGAAAAGCUUUUGGGUCGAUAAAUGUAAAUAAAAUUGAGGGAGUGAAACGUUAAAGGUUAUGAAUGCUCAAGGAAAAAUAUUGAACAUAGACAUGUUUUAAAUUAAUAUUUAAGUAUGUUCCUUAAAUUAUUUCGUAUGAACAAAGUUCGAAUUAAAUAUUACAAAAAAAUGAAAGUAGCUACUUACU